AGGGGUUAGACAGUACAGAGACAGGUCAUUAAGGAGCAGGUAGGGGUUAGACAGUGCAGAGACAGGUCAUUAAGGAGCAGGUAGGGUUUAGACAGUACAGAGACAGGGGUUGGGGUCAUCUUGAAGACUCCAGACAUUGGGGAUUGCACUCAGAACCUUUCAGCUGGGAGUCAAGCACCCGGUGACCCUGGAUGACUUUAAUGCUAGGAAUCUGGUUAGGUAGCAUCUGUGGAGACCUGUUGUUUUUGUUUCAAUUAUUAUUUAUACUUGUACGACCUAUAUCUCAACCUCUGAGCGGCAAAACGUUUUCAAAUUUUGGUGUCCCUCUCACUUAGAUCUCGAAAAAGAUUGGUUUAGAGAAUCCCAUAGGGGGCGCUAUAACUUCAGUUCUUAGUUAAACACUCUGCAUGGCCACCCGAUGCAUAAAACAUUCUGAACCUCUGUGUUCGGGCCUUAUUUUGAAUGCCAAAAAGCUAUUUUGACCCAUAAUGUCCGUCAGGAUGAUUGUGCUAGUACAGUACAGUGAACAUUUUCUGAAAAUUUCAGAAAUCUUCUCAGAAUCCAACAAAAAUCCAAAUGAAUCGUCAACGAUUCAACCAGUAUUUUCUAUGGUCAAGCUUUCAGAAUUGAACCUUUCUGAGGGGGAAAAAUUAAUGAGUUAGCUUUCUCUCUUUUCUUACAAUCUCUGAGUACCCCCUGCAGUACUCCACAGUACCCCUAAGCAGGCCCGGCUCUGGGCAUAGGCAGUAUAGGCAAAUGCUACGGGUGCGCCGAAAAUAUGGCGCCCCCAAAGGGGUAGGGGGCGCCAGCAAAAAUCUUGCCUUGGGCACCAAAUUGGUCAGAGCCGGCCCUGCCCCUAAGGGUAUGCAUACCGCCAUUUGAGAACCACUGGCUUAGUGUGACGGUCAUGAUACCCAUGGCCAUAGGCAGCUCUAUAUGGAACAUUGUAAUUCUGGAACAAGACACUUGGACCAGAGGAAUGUAUGGGAGACCGGUGAUGAAAUCUUGUAACAUAAAUUCCUCAAAUCAUGAGGCAUCGAGUCAGGUGAUCAUAUGUGUAGAUACAUCAUCUAAUCCCAAUGUCAAGUGGAAAGCCAAGAAACUCAAUAAAAAAUGUAAGCUUAUUUAUCUACAUUUCAGAUUUACGGCAAGGUGGUUUAAUAAUACAGUGGUAAGAAUAAGUUUACGCACCCAGCUGUUAGUUAGCCUAAUGAUUCUCACUGCAAAUCAAACCAGCUAAUUGGCUAACUGAAAUAAAACCAUGCAAAUCUGCCAAUUUAUUCAUUCACAAAGAAAAAUUGUGGCCUAAAUGGUUGUAUUUUUCCUCAUUUGUUUAAUUAAGGCAUUAAGAUUGAUUUCCAAAAGAAGAUUUUUUGUUCCUCUUUUUAGUCAACUUUAGCAUGGGUGCAUAAACUUAUUCUUACAACUGUACAUAUUGAUCGAUUUGCAAAUUUGUUUCCAUUAGCGAUAGAUGCAACACAUUGCAUUGGACAGUUCCAAGUUUUGAAUGUUUGCCUACCAGGAAGCAAACAGGCAAAAACAUUCAAUCAUGAACUAAAUUGGCAAUGCCUGUAGGAGAAUGGUUCUCUGCUCACUAAAUGCAACCAACCUGUCCGUCUGGAAUCCUGAAGUAAUAAACGUAUCAAAAGUAUUCAACGGUGGAUUGUAAAGGUACUUUCUCGUCUAACUUGUUUGGAAGUUACAGUCAACUGUCCAACAGUCGCUUGGAACCAUUUCCUUGACACACCUUAUAAAGAACAUAACUGACAGUCAUAGCAAGGCAAUAAUCAUUGCAGAUUUAUUUUUCUAUAUUUUUUUAUUUUAAGGUAUUGACAGUGUAAAUACUCGUAAUGGCCGUCCCGAUUGAUAAAACAAUCUGAAACUUGGUGUACAGGUCUUAUUUAGCAUCCUGAACCAAUCUCAGAUUUAUGCAAAAAAAUGAAUGUUUACAUGAGUCAUACUUGAGGGAUUAACUAACUGGGUCACAUAGAAGCCACCCUCCUGAACUGAGGUCAAAAAAAUGAGGUCACAGCGUCAAUUACAGUAAUUGCAGACUAAAAAUAUGCUGACAUUUACAUCUGUAAAAUACACAGGUCAUUUUGGGGUUAUUAUUACUAUACUAUAGGCUACUUUAUUUAAUUUAGAACGAUUCAGCAUUAUUAAAUACUUCUCAUGUUUUAAACAAAAUGUGGCUUUGAGUCAGGUGAUCAUAUGUGUAGAUACAUAAUCUAAUUCCAAUGUCAAUUGGAAAGCCAAGAAACUCAAUAGAAAAUGUAGACCUUUAUAUCCACAUUUCAGAUUUUACGGCAAAGUGGUUUAAUAAUACAGUGGCAAGAAUAAGUUAAUGCACCCAUGCUAAAGUUGACUUAAAAGAGGUAUAAACAAAUAAUCUUUUGUAAUGUUCUUAAUGCCUUACUUAAACAAAUCAGUAAAGAUCCAACCUUUUAGGCCACUAUUUUUCUUUGUGAAUGAAUAGUGUAUCGUAAAUAAAUAAAUGUUCUUCAUUCAAAUACAGGGUGCAUAAGUUUAGGAACCCCUAUGCUAAAUUCCCAUGAAGGCAGGCAGAUUUUUAUUUUUAAAGGUCAUUUGGUCCGUCAGGAAUCCUGAAGUAAUAAACGUAGCAAAAGUAUUCAAAGACGGAAUGUGAAGGUACUAUCUUUGCCUAACUUGUUUUGAAGUUACAGUCAACCGUCCUUGGAACCAUUUCCUUGACACACCUUACAAAGAACAUAAAUGACAGUCAUAGCCAGGCAAUAAUCAAGGCAGAUUUAUGUUUCUAUAUUUUUUCUUUUUAAGGUAUUCACAGUGUAAAUACUCGUUAUGGCCGUCCCGAUGGAUAAAACAUUCUGAAACUUGGUGUACAUUUGUUACACUUGAGGGGCUAACUAACUGGGCCACAUAGAAGCCACCAAAAAAAAAGGAGGUCACAGCGUCAAUUACAGCAAUUGCAGACUAAAAAUAUGCUGUCAUUUAUAUCUGUAAAAUACACAUGUCAUUUUGGGGUUAUUAUUACUAUACUAUAAGCUACUUUAUUUAAUUUAUAACGAUUCAUCAUUAAAAAAUACUUCCCAUGUUGUAGAUAAGUGUGGCUUUGUGUCAUUUGGAUAACGUUGUAUUUGACGCUCUAGAUAGCUUCCAGGGACAGAUAAAGAGCUUCCCUGUUAACUCUUCUCUCCGACCUCUGGACGUGUAGCGUUGUGACGUCAAAUGUUUCAGCUGGGCAGGAGUCAGAGACUGCUCACCCCAUGCUAACGUGGUUAAGACACAUACGUACCUUAUUUUAAACUGAUAGAAAUGUACUGUGAGAGUGAAUUAUUACUUUAAUGCAAAGUGGAGGCAUGUCUCUCUGUCUGGAGACAAAGAACAACACUUUAUAGAUUUAAUAGUCCGAUACAGGUUAACUGUAAUCCUCUUUAUAAGGUGAAUCAACCAGGUUAACUGUAAUCCUCUUUAUAAGGUGAAUCAACCAGGUUUACUGUAAUCCUCAUAAUAAGGUGAGUCCACCAGGUUUACUGUAAUCCUCAUUAUAAGGUGAGUCCACCAGGUUUACUGUUAUCCUCAUUAUAAGGUGAGUCCACCAAGUUUACUGUUAUCCUCAUUAUAAGGUGAGUCCAACAGGUUUACACUAAUCGUUAUUAUAAGGUGAAUCAACCAGGUUUACUGUAAUCCUCAUUAUGAAGUGAAUCAACCAGGUUUACUGUAAUCCUCAUUAUAAGGUGAGUCCACCAGGUUUACUGUAAUCCUCAUUAUAAGGUGAGGUCACCAGGUUUACUGUUAUCCUCAUUAUAAGGUUAGUCCACCAAGUUUACUGUUAUCCUCAUUAUAAGGUGAGUCCAACAGGUUUACACUAAUCGUUAUUAUAAGGUGAAUCAACCAGGUUUACUGUAAUCCUCAUUAUAAAGUGAAUCAACCAGGUUUACUGUAAUCCUCAUUAUAAGGUGAGUCCACCAGGUUUACUGUAAUCCUCAUUAUAAGGUGAGUCCACCAGGUUUACUGUAAUCCUCAUUAUAAGGUGAGGCCACCAGGUUUACUGUAAUCCUCAUUAUAAGAUGGGGUCACCAGGUUUACUGUUAUCCUCAUUAUAAGGUGAGUCCACCAGGUUUACUGUAGUCCUCAUUAUAAGGUGAGUCCACCAGGUUUACUGUAAUCCUCAUUAUAAGGUGAGUCCACCAGGUUUACUGUAACCCUCAUUAUAAGGUGGGUCCACCAGGUUUACUGUAAUCCUCAUUAUAAGGUGGGUCCACCAGGUUUACUGUAGUCCUCAUUAUAAGGUGAGUCCACCAGGUUUACUGUAAUCCUCAUUAUAAGGUGAGUCCACCAGGUUUAUUGUAAUCCUCAUUAUAAGGUGAGUCCACCAGGUUUAAUGUAAUGUUGUUGUUUUUUAACCCUCAUUAUAAGGUGGGUCCACCAGGUUUACUGUAAUCCUCAUUAUAAGGUGAGCCCACCAGGUUUACUGUAGUCCUCAUUAUAAGGUGAGGCCACCAGGUUUACUAUAAUCCUCAUUAUAAGGUGAGUCCACCAGGUUUACUGUAAUCCUCAUUAUAAGGUGAGGCCACCCGGUUUACUGUAAUCCUCAUUAUAUGGUGAGUCCACCAGGUUUACUGUAAUCCUCAUUAUAAGGUGAAUCAACCAGGUUUACUAUAAUCCUCAUUAUAAGGUGAGCCCACCAGGUUUACUGUAGUCCUCAUUAUAAGGUGAACCCACCAGGUUUACUGUAAUCCUCAUUAUAAGGUGAGUCCACCAGGUUUACUUUAAUCCUCAUUAUAAGGUGAGCCCACCAGGUUUAAUGUAGUCCUCAUUAUAAGGUGAGUCCACCAGGUUUACUGUAAUCCUCAUUAUAAGGUGAGUCCACCAGGUUUGCUGUUAUCCUCAUUAUAAGGUGAAUCAACCAGGUUUACUGUAAUCCUCAUUAUAGGGUGAGUCUACCAGGUUUACUGUAAUCCUCAUUAUAAGGUGAGUCCACCAGGUUUACUGUAAUCCUCAUUAUAAGGUGAGGCAACCAGGUUUACUGUAAUCCUCAUUAUAAGGUGAGUCCACCAGGUUUACUGUAAUCCUCAUUAUAAGGUGGGUCCACCAGGUUCACUGUGGUCCUCAUUAUAAGGUGAGGCCACCAGGUUUACUGUAAUCCUCAACGAUGCUGUUGGCAGGGCGCCAUGUUGAAGAUUUCUGAUUGAAACGAGGAAUAUACAAUAUUAAAAACACUUGCAUUAGAAAUGGUCAAAAGAGUUUAAACCCUCUUUUGACCAUUAAUAUACAAGUUAGAUACAAGACUCACUUGUUCAGAGUUCACCUAUACUCUACAUAACUUCCCGCUGUCUGCUAAAUGCCCACAAUGUAAACGUAAUAAUAAUGUAAUGUUUUAAAACUUAAAUAAAUAGAUAAAACAUGUUUUCUAGGAUUGGCCUCUGCUGCUUCCGGGUCUGAAGAGGACUUCCGUCUGGAAGAUAGUUUGUGUAAGAAACACAACUGACUUCUGGAGCUCUUCUGCAAGACUGCCCAGGAGUGUGUGUGUGUGUGUGUGUGUGUGUGUGUGUGUGUGUGUGUGUGUGUGUGUGUGUGUGUGUGUGUGUGUGUGUGUGUGUGUGUGUGUGUGUGUGUGUGUGUGUGUGUGUGUGUGUGUCGUGCACAAUGACGGACCACAAGUCCCAACCCGUUGUGCCUCCAAAUGAGGAAUAUGAAGGGAUUAUGGUCCAGCUUGGGAAGAAGCAGGCUAAGUGUGAGCAGAUGAUCAAGGCGAGACAAAAAAAGAGUCAGGACAUCAAUGAAACAGUGGAACUGAGCGAAGCAGAAGCAGACAAAGAGAUGGCCCAUGGUGGGAAGAUCCUCACUGCUCUGAAGCGCUCUGUUGAAAAGACUCUGGAUGAUUUCUACCAAACUGUUCAAGAGAAACUGAAAUCCAAAAAGAAAGAAGCUGAUGGUCUCAAUAUUGAGCUGGGGCAGGAAAUAAAAGAUCUGACCAGUAGAAGCUCAGAGCUGAAGCAGCUCUCACAAACUAAAGACCACCUCCACGUCAUCAAGACCUUCAGAUCCCUGAAGGAUCCUCCACCCACCAGGGACUGGACAAAGGUGGAGUUCCGUCCUCCGUCAUACGAAGGGACACUGGACAAGAAGAUGAAGAAGCUGGUUGUCCAAGAGCCAACGCUAAAGAAGUGUCUCCAGUCUACUAUGGAUGAGAAGAGGGAAGAGGGGGGUCCUACCUCUAAGACCACUCUGUCUGGGGAACAUGGCCGCCAGAGCAAAGCUAAGAGCCCAGAGCAGAAGGAGAAAGCAGACUCCCCUGGAUCCAGCUGUGACUCCUUUGAGAGUGACGAGUCUAUGGAAAACCCUGUUGGUUUUAAGGAUGGAGGCCCCCCCAGAGAGGAGAGACACCAGGAGAGGUCAAAGGUUACCAGUGCUCAGUCUGUACAGCAGCAUCAAACAGAGCUGAUCAAGAGGGCUGAGGAGGUGGAUGGAUCUGAUGCUGUUGAGUGCCAACAUAAAAUAAAGUCUAUUUUGAAGAAGAAGUUCAGGGUUGUGUUUAAGGGAAUCACUAAAGCAGGAAAGCGAAGAGAUCUGAAUGACUUCCUCACAGAGAUCUUCCUCACAGAGAGAGGCAGUGGAGAGGUCAACAAGGAAGAUGAGGUCAGACUGAUUGAAACCGCAUUCAGGAAACCAGCCAUGGAGGAAAAGCCAAUCAGAUGUGAGAACAUCUUUAAUCCCUUACCUGGACGAGAUCAACCAAUCAGGACAAUGAUGACAACGGGGGUGGCCGGCAUUGGUAAAACCGUCUUAACACAGAAGUUCACUCUGGACUGGGCCGAAGGCAAAGCCAACCAGGACAUACACUUCACAUUUCUCUUCACUUUCAGAGAGCUGAAUUUACUAAAAGGGAAAGAGUUUAGCUUGGUAGAACUUCUUCAUCACUUCUUUAUUGAGACCAAAAAAGCAGGAAUCUGCAGUUACGACCGGUUUCAAGUUGUCUUCAUCUUGGAUGGUCUGGAUGAGUGUCGACUUCCUCUGGACUUCCAGAGAAACCCGAUCUGGACUGAUGUCACAAAGUCCACCUCGGUGGACGUGUUGCUGACAAACCUCAUCAGGGGCGACCUGCUUCCCUCCGCUCGCAUCUGGAUAACCACACGCCCUGCGGCAGCCAAUCAGAUCCCUGAUGAGUGUGUUGACAUGGUGACAGAGGUGAGAGGGUUCACCGACCAACAGAAGGAGGAGUACUUCAGGAAGAGAUUCAGAAAGUCGACGCAGGCCAGCACAAUCAUCUCCCACGUCAAGAAAUCACGAAGCCUCCACAUCAUGUGUCACAUCCCAGUCUUCUGUUUGAUCACUGCUACGGUUCUUGAGGACCUCUUCAAAACACCAAAGAUAGGAGAAUGGAUGCCCAAGAACGUGACUCAGAUGUACUGCCACUUCCUGAGGGCCCUGUCCAUACAGGUGGACAUGGACUUGAAUUCAGAGAGCAGGAAGAUCAUUGUUUCUCUCGGAAAAUUGGCUUUUAACCAGCUGGAGAAAGGCCACCUGAUCUUCUACGAGGCAGACCUGGCAGAGUGUGACAUUGAUAUCAGAGUAGCCUCAGUGUACUCAGGAGUGUUCACCCAGAUCUUUAAAGAGGAGUGUGGGCUGUACCAGGACAAGGUGUUCUGCUUUGUCCAUCAGAGCAUCCAGGAGUUUCUGGCUGCCCUUUAUGUCUUUAUUUCCUUCAACAACACUGGGGUCAAUCUGUUCUCAGAAGAACAACCAACCUCUGGUGAAGUUGAACUCCUCCUCUACCAGAGUGCUGUGGACAAGGCCUUACAGAGUGAGGAUGGACACCUGGACUUGUUCCUACGCUUCCUCCUGGGCCUCUCUCUGGAGACCAAUCGGGAUCUCCUACGUGGACUGCUGGUAGAAAAUGAUAGAAAAGAGGUGUUUUGGUUUAGAUAUUUGAUGUGGGGACGGAUAGGAUGGCGCUCACAGAUCAAUCAGAGAACAAUGUCUUACAUCAAGAAGAAGAUAGAUGGAGAUCUCUCUCCAGAGAGAACCAUAAAUCUGUUCCACUGUCUGAAUGAGCUGAACGACUGUUCUCUAGUGGAGCAGAUCCAACAGUCCCUGACAUCAGGAAGUCUGUUCAAAACGCAUGUCUCUCCUGCUCAGUGGUCAGCUCUGGUCCUCAUCUUACUGUCAUCAGAAAAGGAGCUGGAAGUGUUUGACCUGAAGGAAUACUCAGCUUCAGAGGAGGGUCUUCUGAGGCUGCUGCCAUUGGUCAAAGGCUCCAAAACAUCUCUGCUCAAUGGCUGUCAUCUGUCAGAGAGAUGCUGUGAAGCUCUGGCCUCAGUUCUCAGCUCCAACUCCUCUAGUCUGACAGAGCUUGACCUGAGUACCAAUGAUCUGCAGGAUUCAGGAGUGAAGCUGCUCUCUGCUGGACUGGGGAGUCCACACUGUACACUGGAAACUCUCAGGCUCAAUGGCUGUCAUCUGUCAGAGAGAUGCUGUGAAGCUCUGGCCUCAGUUCUCAGCUCCGACUCCUCUAGUCUGAGACAGCUGGACCUGAGCAACAAUGAUCUGCAGGAUUCAGGAGUGAAGCUGCUCGCUGCUGGACUGGGGAGUCCACACUGUACACUGGAAACUCUCAGGAUAACUGGCUGUCAUCUGUCAGAGAGAUGCUGUGAAGCUCUGGCCUCAGUUCUCAGCUCAAGCUCCUCUAGUCUGAGAGUGCUGGACCUGAGCAACAAUGAUCUGAAGGAUUCAGGAGUGAAGCUGCUCUCUGCUGGACUGGGGAGUCCACACUGUACACUGGAAAUUCUCAGAUUGUCUGGCUGCCUGGUCACACAGGAAGGCUUUGCUUCUCUGGCCUCAGCUCUGAGCUCCAACCCCUCCCAUCUGAGAGAGCUUGACCUGAGCUACAAUCACCCAGGAGACUCAGGAGCUGCGCUGCUCUCUGCUGGACUGAAGGAUCCACGCUGGAGACUGGACACUCUCAGUGUGGAGCACGGUGGAGUGUUGAGGCUGAAACCAGUUCCACUGAGAUAUGCCCGUGACCUCACCCUGGACCCCAACACGGCCUACAGAAAACUCUCUCUGUCUGAGAACAACAGGAAGGUGACGCUGGUUAGAGGGGGCCAGUCGUAUCCGGAUCACCCAGACAGAUUUGACUCCCGGUCCCAGGUGUUGGGUAGAGAGGCUCUGACUGGCCGCUGUUACUGGGAGGUAGAGUGGGAAGGAUGGGUUGAAGGAGGUGAUAUAGGAGUGACAUACAGAGGAAUCACAAGGAGAGGAGAGGGUCCUGACAGCUGGCUUGGAGGGAACAACAAGUCCUGGAGUCUUUAUUGUUCUGAUGGUCGUUACUCUGCUGAUGGUCGUUACUCUGCUGAUGGUUGUUACUCUGCCCGGUACAACAGUACAGAGACAGCCCUCCCUCUCCCCGCCGCUGGCUCCACCAGAGUAGGAGUGUAUCUGGACCGGCCUGCUGGCUCUCUGUCCUUCUACAGAGUGUCCCCAGGUGGAGGAGGGUCCUCAGACACACUGACACACAUCCACACCUUCUGGUCCUCCUUCACCCAGGAGGACCUCCUCCCGGGGGUGGGGGUAAGGAGCUAUGGUGGCUCGGUGUCUCUGUGUCGGUUGUAGACACAAACACACACACACACACACACACACACACACACACACACACACACACACACACACACA